AUGUUCCGUUACCAUGGAGUUGUUAGAAAAGGCAUUCAGGGAGGUCACGAGGCUGGACCAACUGGAAAUCCAGACACCUCUUCCCUGUGCAUGCAGUGUCUUAACCAAGGUCAUGCAGCAUGUUCUGUUUUCUCACUAGCUUCACACUGGACCGCGCUAAUUCUGAUUCCCAGAGCCUUACUUCCCCGUCUUUGGGUGGCUGUGCCUAUAUCCCUGCAGCAGACUCAGAUCACUCCGUGCAUCCCACUCUGUCGGAGCGGCAAUCCUCACCACAGCUUCCCUUCUGCCCAGGAGAGGCUGACUGUGUUCCCAGAGAAGCCAUCAGCAGCCUUAGCCUCUGGGUUUGUGAGUGAGCAGAAGACACUUAAAGGUCACAGUCCACUGAAGGCUGCCCCGGGAGACUGGACGGGGGGAAACUUCUCCCCGGUGACUUGCUGA